AUGUCCGCUAGAACUGAGACCCAAUUCCGAAAUGGAAGCGUGAAUACUGGACAGGAGCUUUCCCGUCAAGAGCUACAGUCGGAGUAUGAGAUUCAAGCCUCAAGACUUGCUAAACAUGCGCCGACUCGACACCCAUCAUCACGGGCAAUUAAGGCCAAGUUCGUGACGCCUCAGGAUCCUGUGGUUCAGACUGCCGACGCAGAGCGGCUCACCGCCGUUCCUAUUCCCGAAGCCGCCAAACUUAACGUCUUGAAAGAUGUAUUGGAAUCCCAUCCUCCUGGUCAAAGUCUCCCGAGUGACCCUUCGACGCGAAUAGCAAAAGAUGGGACAAUUCAUGGAAUUGGGGAGAUGAAUUCAAAUGGAUCCGAUAAUAUCGAAGAUCGACUAGGAGUGGAUGGACCAUUCUGUGAAGCUCAAUCCCAACCGACAACGAAUCCUUUAUUUCCCCCGCUUCCUAUGUAUGGCCCGCCGAGUCUAUUACGAGGUCUCCAAAGUCUUACCUUUCGGGUAACUUCUAUGAUUCUGAGCAUGUGUUUCCUCAUGGUAAUUGUCCUUGGAUCGAUCCUUAGCGGGAGCAGCAAGGUUCCGGGAUACUUCCGCGCAAGGAUGAAAGGGGAUCCAAAGAAAUCCCGGCCAUUUUACGAGGAGGAGAAACGGAGGGCGGACGAGAGGCGCUACCAGCAAGAAGAGUGGCUCCAAGAGCAUGGAGGACGAACCGUCAAAGACGAAGAGCGAAAUGCAGCCGCUCCAACUAUACCGGUGCCAGAGUCCCUGGGCGUAGAAGAGACGUUUGUCCCAACUGCGGGUGGGCCUGAUCCUUUGACUCCACAUUUCCGACAGUAUGCUCUUCGCGAAGGGUUGGAUUUGGAGGAGUAUACUCUUGAAACGGAGGAUGGGUUUCUCAUUUCCAUGUGGCAUCUCUACAAUCCACAUAAUUACUCUCCCAAUCCGCAAGCAGAUCGAGGUCCUCUUGGGCCGGAUAAUCUCUUCAGUAUAUCAUCGGGCACUGGACCCUCAUUUCCUCUGGGCGUGGGCAAGUCGAAAGCGAAAGGGAAAUACCCUGUCCUUCUUAUACCUGGUCUCCUUCAAUCUCCCGGCUCUUAUCUAGUGUCUGGUCCAUCCUCCCUUGCGUUCUUUCUAGCAAAGUCUCACUACGAUAUUUGGCUAGGUGCGCCUCGUUGUGGACUGAAUCCGCGACAUACGACCUUGCCUUCAAACGAUCCGCGAUUCUGGUCAUGGAAUCUACGAGCUAUGGGGGUGUUUGACUUAGCAGCUCUCAUCUCAAGAGUGGUCCGAGAGACGGGUUUUAGCAAAGUUGCAUUAGUCGCUCACUCUCAAGGCACAGCAGCAUCCAUGGUUGCCCUAGCGAAAAAACAAAGGCCCGUAAUCGGUGAAAGAAUCAGCCUCUUUGCUGGAUUGGCACCUGCAGCCUACGCAGGACCGUUACUUCGACGGGUAUAUUUCCGUUUCAUCAAGAUGCUACCCCCGCAAGUGUUUCGGAUGGUGUUUGGUAUCCAUGCUUUUAUUCCAGCCAUGUUGACGUUCCAAAAAUUGUUACCUUCAGCUAUAUAUGGCAGGCUCGGGUACAAAGUGUUCACAUAUUUGUUUGAAUGGACGGAUGAGCGUUGGGAGCGUGACCUAGUGCCCCGAUAUUUUCUUCAGAGUCCUGUUUAUAUUUCUGCGGAGUCUAUGGCAUGGUGGCUAGGCUCCAUGGGAUUUGCUCGCCAACAGUGCAUCUUGGCGACCAAAAGGGAGGUGAGAAUGGAGGAUGACGAAGACCACAGAGCGCCAGAAGAGAAUCGUGCUCAACCGGUACAUGCACCUGGAUCGGAAGAGGAGCGGGCUGCAUAUGCUUGGUAUGACUCUCGGGCACCUCCGUUUGCACUAUGGGUCGCCGGAAGUGAUAACCUGGUCGAUGGACAGCGGCUUCUUCGACGAUUUGAGCGUGGUAGGGAGCCAUGUGUCAAUCUUGUGCAUAGCACUGUUAUCGAAGGGUAUGAACAUCUGGAUGUUCUAUGGGCUGUGGAUGUGAUUGAGAAGGUUGGAAAGGAGUUGAGGGAAUGGAUUUGGAAGACGAUCCCAAACGAGGACCGUGAUAGAGUAGUUUCAGUAGCGGGGUGCAAAGGAAUUGCACCUUGGGAGAGCUCGUCGACGCAUUAA